AUGGCCCCCGCUCCGCCCCCCGCCGCCUCCUUCUCGCCCGCCGAGGUCCAGCGGCGCCUGGCGGCCGGCGCCUGCUGGGUCCGCCGCGGAGACCGGCUGUACGACCUCACCAGCUUCGUGCGGCACCAUCCCGGGGGUGAGCAGCUGCUGCGGGCGCGGGCUGGCCAGGACAUCGGGGACGACCUGGACGGGCCGCCGCACAGACACUCGGACAACGCCCGCCGCUGGCUGGAGCAGUACUACGUGGGCGAGCUUCGAGGGGAUACGCAGGAUUCUGUGGAGAAUGGGGCUGUCACAUCCUCAGAGACUCAGAAGACAGACCCUGCUAUCGAGCCACGGUUCAGAGUAGUGGACUGGGACAAGGACCUGGUGGACUGGCAGAAGCCUCUCCUGUGGCAGGUGGGCUACUUGGGGGAGAAGUAUGAUGAGUGGGUGCACCAGCCAGUGACCAGGCCCAUCCGCCUCUUCCACUCAGACCUCAUCGAGGCCCUCUCCAAAACUGUCUGGUACAGUGUCCCCAUCAUCUGGGUGCCCCUGGUGAUGUACCUCAGCUGGUCCUACUACCAAACCCUCGCCCGGGACAACAUCCGACUCUUCACAUCUUUCACAACAGAGUACUCAGUGGCAGUGCCUGAGUCCGUGUUCCCUGGUCUCUUUGUGCUGGGGAUAUUCCUCUGGAGCCUUAUCGAGUACCUCAUUCACCGAUUCCUGUUCCACAUGAAGCCCCCCAGUGACAGCUAUUACCUCAUCAUGCUGCACUUCGUCAUGCACGGCCAGCACCACAAGGCACCCUUCGAUGGCUCCCGCCUGGUCUUCCCCCCAGUGCCAGCCUCUCUAAUGAUUGCCUUCUUCUACGUGCUCCUGAGGCUCAUUCUGCCUGAAGCUGUGGGGGGCACUGUGUUUGCUGGGGGUCUCCUAGGCUAUGUCCUCUAUGACAUGACCCAUUACUACCUACAUUUCGGCUCACCACAUAAGGGUUCCUACCUGUACAGCAUGAAGGCCCACCAUGUCAAGCAUCACUUUGAACACCAGAAAUCAGGGUUUGGCAUCAGCACUAAAUUGUGGGAUUACUUUUUCCACACUCUCAUUCCAGAGGAACCCCACCCGAAGACGCAGUGACAACUCCCAGACCCUCUGUUCUGCCCUCAGUCCAACCCCUGCCCCUGCCCUCUGCCCUACCCCUACCUCCAUCUCAGAUCCUGCUAAGAAGGUCAGCGUUGGCCAGGCAGGAUAGGCUUUGUCCAGCCCUAGGGUUUGGUGGACACUAUGAGGUAGAACUGCCCUUCUGGCCUACCAUGUGAGCGUCAUGUCCUCUUGAGGACCAGGUAGCCCUUGGGGACUGACUCAUCUCCAAAUGAUUCUGACUUUCCCAUUGGCAGCAGUGCCUAAGCUUCAACCCACAGUACUGCUUCAGGGUCCAGUCAAUGACCCUAAGGGGCAUGAAGGAAACUGACCCCGCUUGUGCCUUAGCACCCUGAGCUCCUUGGGAGCCACCCCACAUAGUAGAGGGAUCAGUGUCACAGCAGAAAUAUGAUGUGCGGAGCCUGUGGCCACAUCUUACUCUCCUGCUCUUCCUCCAGAGGUGAGGUGAAUGAAGGGAUAUCCUAAGAAGGGACAGCAUGAUGCCUCCAACAGGCUACUCCCAGACCCCAGGGUAGCCAGCCCCUCUGGACCCUGUCAACCCCAGAUGCAAGCUGUAUUACCAGAUGCCUCAACUACAAUACUCCAGCACCUACCUACCUGGGGAGACGGCCUGAGGGUGACUGGCAUCAGCCUCAAGACUACCAGGAACCCUGGCCCUUGUCUUUGGGAACCAACAGCUGCUCUAUCCACCUCCUCUCUGCUCCUAGAACCACAAUACUGUCCCUGAAGGGAGGCUGAAGAGGCCUCUGCAUUGAUAGGAGCCCCACCCCAGCUCUGGCCAUUCUUGGCUUCCACCUGCACAGGUGAAUCCCAGCCCCCACCCAGGACCCUCUCAGUGGUGCCUCCUGAGGCCAAGAAGGGGCUUUAUCAUGUGGUGCCUUAUCUCCUUCCCCGUGUCCCAGACCCUGAAGGUGAGGUUCCUGUCCAUUCUUUCUUAUAACCAGAGCCCUCACUGCACCUGAGAGUCAUAUUUAUAAACUACAUAAACAUCCUUAGUCUGACCCCAGACUAAGUAGCUGGUCAGACAGCACUUUCUAAUCCUAUGUGUUGAGCUUAUGCAAAAAAAAAAAAAUCAUUUUGCGUUCUUUUUUUGUUCCCUUCUCACCUACAAGCCAUUACUACUUGAAACUUGUCAAGAACCCAAUGGGCACAAAAGGCUAAAGAGAAGUGACGUGAUGGGUCCUGUGAUUUGUACUGUUUACCACAAGGCUAUCUAGAGAUUUGGGGAUAAAUACACAAAACUGCAGUUGUGAAAUAAAGAUGUAAAUAAAUUGUAUAUUUUGGAAAAUAAAACAUUGAAAAGAAACCAACAAAGACCCAUUGGAGUUUGUUGAUGGUGACUGGAUUCCAUUGUGAUUUGGAAGGUUGGAGACUGGCCCCACAGG